UCUUUGCAAAUUUUUUUGUUAUCUUCUUCAUAACCUUUUUGCUGAGAAUUUUUAUUUUUUGUUUUCUUUCGGUUGCUAUGGAGACAAAAUAACUUGAGAUCGAACUAUGUUUUGUGUGCUUUUGUUUCCAAUGAGAAACACGCAAGAGAAAGAAAGCAACAUUCCACUCUUGUUUCCAAUGGCCAUUGAAACUCUCCCCCGCCCCCAAACAUCGGCUUGAUAGUGUAACAAAAAAAUGUCUAGAAUGUCGAUCGAUUAUUAAUUGCUUGGCCUAGAGACUUGUCCAUCGGUAUUUGUCUUUUAAAUUACUCUUUCAUUUUUUUUUUGGUGCUAUAAAUAAUUUAACUUUUUGUUUGUUUGUUGGGAGAGAAAUGCCCAGAGCAUUGCACACUUUUUGCUUUAGUUUUAACUGCACUGAAAAUUUUGCAUUUGCGUGCAUUCAUUGCUGUGUAAUCUGAUAGUUAUCAUUAUUUUAACUCUUUCUCUCCUAACUGACGAUACCAGCGUUGAUUCCGCCAGAAUGUGGUAAAUAAUUACGGAGAGAAAGAGUUAAAAUGUGCUAGACUAAUGUUACCCACCCAUGGGGUUAAAGUUGGCGUGUGUGCAUGAAACUUCGAGUUUAUAUUCUAAAGUAAUUUUUUAAACAUAGAUGUGGAAAUCAUUUCAUUCAUUACUUCACUAGAAUUAACGAAAUUCUGUGGAUGCACAUUACUGACACUAUAAACUGAGCAAUCGUUAUUGUAUCACUGCGCUAGAUCUACGCUUUUUGAUUUUAAACUUGACUCUUUGUGUCUCGCUCAGUGAGGUCAGACAAUAAGAAACAAACAGAAUGAUAGUCUGAAAAAUCGGAGCUUUCCACCCAGCCGGACACUGGCCAAUGGGGGAAUAACCUCAUUUGAACAUGAGAAUUAAAAGAAACCGGACCUACACAGAGAUAUGCGUAUUCGGAGGCUGCUUCCUUCUCGUCUUCCUCUCCGUGGCUCAGAUCAUCGUCUUCAGCCACCGGGCCAAGAAUGCAGUGGGCCUGGUUCGCUCAAACGUGGAAAGGGAGGUACCGAUGCCCGAGCCGAUUGCGACGAGCAGGAGCGUUCCGCCCGCUCUCCAGAAACCUACACCCAAGGCUAGAGGUCGGGCCAGGGCACAGAUGGAGGUCCGCGAGUUGGAGAAAGCGCUAGCGAAGCUGAUGCGAGAGAGUUCGAUGACGCCGGACGAGGCGUAUACGAAAUACCAGAACGACCUGUAUGUCAGGCGCGUACAGAACAUUAUCAUUGGCAUGAAGGAUCGAAUGCCGAAAGAAAAAUCCAACGUCUCUCAACCCCUUAUAGCCCCCGGUCGCGAGAACUUCCGGGAAACAAACUCGACGGUGCCUUAUGGAGUCCCCUUCUCCUUUAAGCGAUCGACGCCUGACCCGGGCGACAACAGCGUCGACGGCGGCGUCAGAGCUCACCACUUUCACGACUUUGACCAGGCCGAAGUGAAAGAACUGAAGUCGCUCCUAUCCCAGGAUAACUUCACCGUAUCCCACGAGUACGAGGAUAACUACUACAAAGUGAAGUCUCAGUUCAAAGAAGGAACGGAGCUGUUUGUGGACGAGGAUAAGCUGAAGGGUGAGAGCCAGGGGCGACUGAACGUCUGCCCGAAGGAGCCCGCGUCUUUAGUUGGUAACACCACUGACGUCAACCUGAACAUCUCCGUCAACAUUGACGUCAUAAACGAGCUGCACAGUGACGUCAGGAUGGGCGGGGAGUGGAGGCCGCCCUCGUGCAUAUCGCGCCACCGGGUGGCCAUCAUCAUACCGUACAGGGACCGCUGGAACCACCUCAAAGUCCUGCUGCACUACCUCAUCCCCACCCUCAAGCGUCAGCAGAUCCACUUCCGGAUAUUUGUAGUCGAGCAGUAUGGAAAUGAAACAUUCAACAAAGGGCGCAUCAUGAAUGCAGCCUUUCGAGAGGCUCUGCAGCUGUUUGACUUCCAGUGUGUAACCUUCCAUGAUGUUGACCUAGUGCCUGAGGAUGAUAGAAACAUGUAUUCUUGUACAGAACAACCCAAACACAUGUCCAUUAGCAUAGAUAAAUUUCAGUAUACACUUCCAUAUCAAGGGCUUGUUGGAGGUGUUCUGAUGUUUAGAACUGACCACUUUCAGCUUGUCAAUGGCUACUCCAACAUGUACUGGGGCUGGGGAGCUGAGGAUGAUGACAUGACUACCAGAAUUCUCCACAGAGGUUUACGAAUCUACCGUCCACCUAGCAAUAUAGCCAGGUACAAGAUGGUCAAGCAUGAGGGCCGCAAAGGUUCAGAAGUAGCUGUCAGAAUGAAAUUACUUAGAUCAGCCGCUAGAAGGAGCAAGCUGGAAGGUCUGAACAACGUCCAGUAUAAACUAGUGUCCACUCAGAUUAGAGAACUUUUUACACAUUUCAUAGUGGAUAUAGGAACACCUUGACGAGUAGCCAACAUUUAGAUCAAAACUACUACUCAGUUCUACGAGAACAGUCCUGUCUGGGCUCUACAUUGGCUUAGGCUUAUCAAAACCAAGGUCAUGACCAACUCCUGCUUGUCACCAUGUCUUUCUGCCUGGUUCAGGUGUACAGCUUCUUCAGUCUCAUAGCAUCAUCAUUUGGAUCACAUCAACUUUAGAACUGAUUGUUUUUUUUGUUGUUUUAUAGUCAUAUACAUUUCAAUUCUUUUUUUCCCUUUUAUUUAUUUUUGAAAUACAAUUGACUUUUUGGGGGAUAGUUUACAUCUUCACUAUUGUAAUGAUGUCAUUUUACAUAGACAUACAUGGCUCCAGUCAAACUUAUUCAUCAUAGUAAUUACUAAUAACAGUAUCUGUUUUACAAGAAAUGUGCUAUAAAUGUUUGAAAUAAAUUUACUCAAUUUUUGUUAUAAAUAUAAAUUAUGGAAACAUGUUUUUGUUUGUUUUACAACUGUUGAUGCAUACUAGUAGAAUAUACAUUAUACAAUCCAAGUUUAAGAUAAUAUUUCAACAUUACUAUUACAUAUCUCUUUGCACAGGCUCAGCAUUGAAUACAAUUAGCAUAAUGUCUAAUCUUUAUUGGAAUAAUCUGGCUAUUUAAUUAUCCUUUAUUAUGUUAACAUUUGGGGCACCACACAUGAUAUGUUGACCAUCUUUCUCCAUGCCUCUUUAUUAAGUUAAAUAAUCUAAAAAAGGUAUUCUAGAAAUAUAAUCAACUUACUGACUGAGAAGAAACAAAAAUAGUGAGAAGCUAUUUCUGAAUGGGUUUGAGAUAUUUUGUUUUUCUUCUUUGAAGUAACAUUUGUCACUCUAGCUACUUAUCCUAGUCUUGUCAGCCUCCUAGCUCUUGGUAGAUAUAUUUUAUGAACUAUACAUAGUUCUGUUUUAAUAAAAUCUGUAUAUGUUUAUACUUUUAAAAAAAUUAUAUACCGGUAUUAGGGGAAUCCCACAGAAAUAAUUUUGAGAUUCUGUAUAGGACUCUUAUUUCAAAAAAAGAUCAACUUAGGCCUGUUCAGCUCAAAGAGAAAGCAUCAAUAAGCCUGGCAGCUACAAAGUCUACAAUAAAAUGCAUAUACCUUUGAGUAUAGCAAGAAGACUUUGACUAAAAUCCAAAUCAGUAUUACAUUUUAAAUGGUCUGUAUUCCUUUUCCUAGAGCUAUCUAAAGCUUGAUUCCAAUAACAUAAUAUAACAAAAUAUAAAAUCUAAUAUCCAUUUUUUGUUCUUAAAAAAUGAUAAUUUUAUUAUUAACAUAAUAUUUAUGUCAAGGUUUUUAUAGCCAGCUUACAAAAUAGUUGGGAAAAUGUUUAGCAAUAGAAGAAAAACAAAAGCUUACUAUAUACAUUUUAUUUUAGCAUUGGCAUAAAAGGGAUUUGCUGUUAGUGUAUAAUUAAAAAAACUAAAGGAAACAAAAUAAUUUUAAUAUAUUGCAUUUAAUCUUGAAAGUAGCUGACAUUGCCAUCAUAGCUAUAAAUAGAUAACAGUCUCAGUUAGAUUGUAACACCCUUAAGGGGCAUGUUCAAAAUUGAAGUUAUACUCACAUAUUGAUCUGAAUUGACUUUAUUUAGUGGCAUACAUUUGCAAUGUAUGAAAGGUAAUGGUAUUCUGUUUAAGCCUACAACACUGUCUCA